CCGCGGGCACAAGCCGGGCCGGCAAACCAUGACGAACAACCCAAAAGCAGCAGCGGCGGCGGCGGCCGCCCGGGCGCCCGCUUCGGAAGCGGCGCCCCGACGUCGUCAGCGGGUCGCCGUCAUCGGAGCGGGGGCCAGCGGCUUGACCGCGGUCAAGGCAUGCCUCGAAGAAGGCCUGGACGUCGUGUGCUACGAGCGCACCGACGUGCUCGCCGGCCUGUGGCACUACACGGAGACCGUGGAGCGCGGCCGCGCCUGCGUCAUGCGCUCGACGGUGAUCAACUCGAGCAAGGAGAUGUCCGCCUUCAGCGACUUCCCGCCGGACGACAAGCUGCCGAACUACAUGCACAACUCGCACAUGGCGCGCUACAUCGUCGACUACGGCCGCCGCUGCGGCGCCGUCGACAGGGUGCUGCUCCGGCACGAGGUGGCCGACGUGCGGCCGACCAGACCGGGCAGCGAGGACACGACCUGGACGCUCAGGGUCCGGAGGCUGGACUACGAGGGCGAAGACCAGGAGUUCCAGGAGGAGAGGGACGCCGUCAUGUUGUGCACGGGUCACCACGCGCACCCACUGUGGCCUCGCUUCAAGGGCCUGGGCGACGAGUGCGGAGAGGGCCGGGUCUUCGCGGGGCGUGUGAUGCAUUCGCAGGACUACCGGACGCCCCGAGGAUUCGAAGACCGUCGGGUGCUCGUCAUCGGUGUGGGGAACUCGGCCGGCGACCUGGCCGUCGAGCUGGGAGGCGUCGCUGAACAGGUGUGGCUGAGCACCCGUCGCGGCUCGUGGGUAAUCGGCCGCGUGGGACCGAGGGGUCGGCCGUUCGACGCGUACUACCAGACGCGGCUGCUGAACGCCUUCAUGCACCUGCUGCCUUACGAGCUGAUCUGCCUCAUCUGCGAGAGCGCCAUCAACCAGCGUUUUGAUCACGCCACCUACCGGCUGAGGCCCAAGCACCGCAUUCUCGGCCAGCAUCCAAUGGUCAACGACGCCCUGCCCAACCGCAUACUGUCAGGCACCGUGUGCAUAAAAGGCCAAGUGAAGGAGUUCACGGCGGACGGCGUGCUCCUCGAGGACGAUCCCCCGGGCGCCGAGCCCCUUCGCGUGGACGACGUCAUCCUCGCGACCGGCUACCGCGUCUCGUUCCCGUGCCUGGCGCCCGGCGUGCUCGACGUGUCCCAGGACAACCAGGUCGGCGUGUACCGGCUGGUCUUCCCGCCGGAACGACCGGGGCUCGCGCUGAUCGGACUGGCGCAGCCCAUCGGCGCCCUGCUGCCCAUAUCCGAGCUGCAGAGCCGCUGGGCGGCCAGGGUGUUCGCCGGCAAGGCGGCGCUGCCCAGCGCGAAGGACAUGUGGCGGCAGGUGAACGAGUACCAGGAGCGCUGCAGGCAACGCUACUACCAGGAGCCCCGUCACACGCUGCAGGUCGACUGGAUCGACUACCUGGACGAGUUGGCCGACGAGAUCGGCGUCAAGCCGAACCUGGCACGCCUCGCCAUCAAGGACCCGCAGCUCGCUUUCCGUCUGCUGGUUGGGCCCAGCCUGUCGUACCAGUAUCGUCUGCAAGGGCCCCACACCUGGCCCGGGGCGCGGGACGCCAUCUUGGGCUACGAACAGCGCGUGCGCAGAGCGCUCUGCACGGGACCCGACUUCACCGCCACGAAGGACGGAAAGGGGACGCUGCUUACCAAGCCCAGCGUCGAGUUCCUACUGUUCAUCACUCUAGCUGUGCUGUUGUUUUCGUGGCUUCUGUCCAGCGGUCUCUUCUUCCCGCAAUCCUGGUCGCCGCCCUUGCGUGUCUGACGAAGGCAGAGCGAAGUGCAACUGACUCUUCCAAUAUGCGCGACGUUCGCGACAAAAGGAGCGCGAGAGUUAUUUUGUCCCUGUAAAGGGGAUUGUAACAUUAUACACCUCAAUCUGGUGCUGGAAACACCUUAUUAAAAGAGACAGCGCAUCCGAA